CUGCUCAUUCGUUCCUUUCUGAUAGGUUUCUUCUCCGUGGACCUUUUCCUCUGCUCUUCUUGCUUUGCUUCGUCUCUCAUCUUCGUACUUGCACUCGCUCUCUCUCUGAUCCAAACCACUCUAAAGGCUUUCAUGUCCGAUCGUGUGCUUGCUCAACUCACUUUCCCACUUGCGUUGGUUUUGAUCUCUGCCGUAUAACUGCUGGCUGAAUCUAGAUGGGUUUGACCCGGAUAUAGAUUCAGUGCGCGAGAGUUGGAUCUUAUGCAUGUUGUUGAUAGUGCUGCUUUAGAUCUUGCUGGUAUCCUGUUUCGGAAUUGAUCAUGGGGAACACUUGUGUUGGACCCAACAUUUCCAGGAAUGGCUUCUUCCAAUCAGUCUCUGCUGCAAUGUGGCGGACCCCUUUGCCGGAUGACAACUCUGUUCAUACAAAUGGAGAAACUGUCAAUGAGCCCGGAGAACCCCAGUCACCUCUUCCUGUUCAAGACAAGCCGCCGGAACAGGUCACCAUACCAAAACCUGAAACUGAGCCAAAGCAACCCUCCAGGCCCAAGAAGCCGCCGCAGAUGAAGAGGGUCCCUAGUGCAGGGCUUCGUGCCGGGUCAGUGUUGCAAACAAGGACCGGCAAAUUAAAGGAGUUCUAUAGUUUGGGGAGGAAAUUAGGACAGGGGCAGUUCGGAGUGACGACUCUGUGCGUGGAGAAGGCCACUGGGAAAGAGUAUGCGUGCAAGUCGAUUGCAAAAAGGAAGUUGAUCACUGAGGAUGAUGUGGAGGAUGUGAGGAGGGAAAUUCAGAUAAUGCAUCAUCUGGCAGGCCACCCUAAUGUUAUAUCCAUAAAGGGUGCUUAUGAGGAUGCUAUUGCAGUUCAUGUUGUUAUGGAAUUAUGUGCAGGAGGUGAGCUCUUCGAUAGGAUUAUUCAGCGCGGCCAUUAUACAGAAAGAAAGGCAGCUGAGCUCACUAGGACUAUAGUCGGAGUUGUGGAAGCUUGCCAUUCACUAGGAGUUAUGCAUCGAGACCUUAAGCCUGAGAAUUUUCUAUUUGUCAGUCAGGAGGAGGAUGCACUUCUUAAAACUAUUGAUUUUGGAUUAUCUAUUUUCUUUAAGCCAGGAGAAAAGUUCAGUGAUGUGGUUGGAAGCCCAUAUUAUGUUGCUCCAGAAGUCUUACGAAAGCGUUAUGGUCCAGAGGCAGAUGUUUGGAGCGCGGGAGUGAUUCUUUAUAUUUUGUUAAGUGGGGUGCCUCCAUUUUGGGCCGAAACGGAGCAAGGAAUAUUUGAACAGGUCUUGCACGGUGAGCUAGACUUUACAUCAGAUCCCUGGCCAAGUAUCUCUGAUGGUGCCAAAGAUUUAGUAAGAAGAAUGCUUGUCCGAGACCCUAGAAAGCGGCUGACUGCACAUGAAGUUUUGUGCCACCCAUGGGUGCAAGUUGAUGGUGUUGCUCCUGAUAAAGCUCUUGAUUCUGCAGUAUUAAGUCGCUUAAAGCAGUUUUCAGCUAUGAACAAGCUGAAGAAAAUGGCUAUCAUGGUUAUUGCUGAGAGCUUAUCUGAAGAAGAAAUAGCUGGCCUGAAAGAAAUGUUCAAGAUGAUAGACACUGACAACAGUGGCCAAAUUACUUUUGAAGAACUUAAGGCUGGACUGAAAAAAUUUGGUGCUACUCUCAAGGAGUCAGAAAUUUAUGAUCUGAUGCAGGCAGCAGAUGUAGAUAAUAGCGGAACCAUUGAUUAUGGGGAAUUUGUUGCUGCAACAUUGCAUCUAAACAAAAUAGAGAAAGAAGAUCAUCUGUUUGCAGCUUUCUCCUACUUUGAUAAGGAUGGGAGUGGCUACAUUACUCAAGAUGAGCUUCAACUAGCUUGUGAGGAGUUUGGCGUAGAGGAUGUUCGCCUCGAAGAAAUGAUAAGUGAAGUCGAUCAGGAUAAUGAUGGGCGCAUAGAUUACAAUGAGUUUGUGGCUAUGAUGCAAAAAGGAAAUUUUGUUGGCCCGGGCAAGAAGGGACUGCAAAGUAGCUUCAGUAUUAAAUUCAGAUAAGCUCGGAAUUGAGUUUCAUAUAUAGCAAAAGGGUUUUCAACUUACUUUCUCAUUGUUUUGAGUUUUUAAGAUUGCAUAGAAUGGUACUUAAUUACUCAUCCAAUUUGCAGUAAAGCAAUUUCAGUCAUGAUGUCUGAAUUUAUUUAAUUCCAUGGUGAAAGGAUAUUGCAGCUGAAACAAAAGCGCCCUUUCUGUGUUGUAUACAGUGAGAAAGAAAGUUUUGAUGUACUAUUAUAUUGUAUUACAAUUUCUUAAUUCUAUAUCAAUGAUCAGUAUAUCCAUAAUGAUUGUACCUUAAA